AUCAACCUGUGUAGCAGCAGAUUUGUAGCUAUGUUCUGUGCAAUAGAUAUUAGUUCAGUUAUAUGAAUUCAUUUGUGUAAGUUAUCAUUAUAAACUACGAUAAAUAAAACUGCUUCCCGUGUUAAUGGUCUACAUUUCGAAAUGGAGAAUACAACCAAACCGAAUUUCCGGUGUGAAUAAAAAUUUCUUGACCAAAUAAGAUAGUGUUGGUAUACUUAUUUGCAAUAUAAACCAAUAAUAAAAAAUAGGAAUUAGUAAAUCUUAUUUUCACAAAAUAUAAUUUCAUGGCCAUUAGUUACUGUACGAGAGAACAUAUAGACUAACCUUUCUACUUUUAAUUUGAAGGGAACCUCGUGUUCAUUGUGUCCGUUGUUAACUCUCGCUAGCUUGGAUUAACUGUCGUCGCCAUAACUGCAUAAUCCUAAAAUUAUUAUUCUUUACACAGGAUUACAUAAAGCUCCAGUGAUGAUGCUCGGAUGAAGGAACUACUGGGAAUCGUAAAUGUGUGCCUGACGGAAGGUAACUGCUGACACACAGUUUGAAACUACAAACAUGCCUCGACCUGCUCGGAGCAGAUUGUCUCCGUGGAUAGAGAAUCUGAUCCUGAGCUAUGGCAGUGACGAGGGGAGCGGCAGCAGCGGGCGGCUGAAGGCUCAUGUCAUCGGGGUGGGUCAGAUGUCUCAGUCCCAGGCUCAGGGUUCCGACAGCCCCACAGGGCUCCUCUUCCUGUCCGAUGGGGUGAUUCAGAUCCCCGCCAUUCUCACUGCCUCAGCCUGGGAGCAUCUUCAGGAUCAGGAGGACCGCGAGAGUUUCACCAGUCUGGUGAACACAACGGUUUGCAUUCAGAACUACCAGCUGCAGUUUCACAUGGUCCAUGAACAGACUAAAUGCAGAUUCUUCUUGUCAGUUGGAGAGCUGGCAACGACUGCAGCCGGUCCCGUUAAAGACAGCACCCCUUGCUGCACCUCGCUGCCCUCCGUCAGGCUGAAAAUCUGUAAGACGUGGAAGGCUUUGCAGCAUCAGGAGGUGCUGGAUUCUCAGAUGAGCCAGUGUGGAUUUGAUCUGUCAGAGCUGCUGGGAGAGUGGCAGCACGACUGUAUGCAGGCUGUUCUGGAGGAUGUUAAGGAGAGGCUGAUGUUCGUAAGCAGCCGCCCUGUGAGUACGCAGCCUUCCACCUCGACUUCCACCUCAUUGCCUACCCACCCAGACACAUCCACUGCCACCAGCUGGGAUGUUGACAGGGUCAGAUAUAAGAGAAUUGAAUGUUUCAGUGUGCCCAUAAAGUGUCUUCAGAUCCCAGAGGAAGAUGCUGAACAGAUUCAAACAGCACCGACUGAUGGACGCAGGACACAGAAUGAGUUUUCUGCUGCCUCUGAAGACAGAAAGAGAGAUCUGUCACAAGUCUGUAAGCCUCCAGAGACUGCACAGCCUUCUGUUGACGAAGUAGAGUGGCAACUUACCAAGCAAGUACUUGUAGAGACAGACCAAGAUGCCAGUGAGACCUCACCCCCACCUGUGGAGAACAGCAUGCUUGAGCACAUGAUCGCAAUUGACAGCGACAUCAGACCUUUAUCCAACCCCUGGGACAUUUUUCCUCCACCAUGUGUUAGCUCCUCGCCCUCUGAUGUGUCCUCAGAAGCAACACCAACCCACUCACUGCACAGUCCCAGUGCUGGUCAAUUCAAGCCUGAUCAUGCUGCCAUGUUAAGCAGCACACAGUUUCCUGUCUUCAGCUCGAAGGAAUCCAAGACAUCAGAGCACAGUACGGGGGAGCAGAGCUACCUACCACCAUACCAGAAACCACCACUCUCAACUAGUUUCGCCACCACUGUCUGCUCUUCAGCUUCAACUUCUGUGAGUCCGCCAGAACCCUUCACCAGACCGUUAUUGCCUGCCACAGAUGAAGUCCACACUGACACAGUACAACAAACAAGUCAGGCUUUGGACCAAGAAAGAGUGACUCUGGACAAGGCCACGGAGGAGACUGUUGGGAGGAAAGACAGAAAGGCAAAGAGAAAGAGAAGUGAGCCUUCACCAGAAGCACUUAGCACCUUAGUGGAUGAGGAGGAGGAGGAGGAGGAAGCUCUGAUCAGCGUGAGUCCUCCAUCUUGGCUCUUUGACACUCAGGCAGGCUGUGGGACUAAAGACGACCACAGUCAGCAACGAGGUCAGACUGGAGGGACUGUUCUGAGACAGACUCCCACUGUUCACAGCGAUGGCAGACCGUUUUCUUACUCUUACCAAGUGUGUGGACAGAAUCUGCAGGAUUUCAGUCAGUUCAGAGUUGUUGAAUCCUGGCUGCACUGGGCUGUGAAGUAUCUCGUCGCUCCAAAGCAGACGGAUAAUCCACACAGCGAUCAAACGUCGUCUGACCAGACUGAGGUCACUCCACUGUAGGAACAAAUGUUGAAUGACAGUUAAUCGGGUCUGUUAUUGUGUCAGUUGUUUUGACCUUGUUGGAUAUUGACAUUGUGUUGACUCAUGUUCAUGUUCCACAGCAGGUCUGUAUAGCUGAGUUUAUUUUUAUAUGGCACAAGUAAAAAGUAAAAUGUUUAAGAGAAAAAAGUGGUACACUGUGAACAUUUUAAACUUUUGCUACCAAAUAACUUAUUAGCAAAUAGUUGCCUGCUAACUUUGAGAUUCACCGAUUGUGAAAUUGUAGGCCGAUAGCAAUGGCUUUCCUGUUGUUGGUUAUUCUUUGAUUUUGUUCUUGUUUGUUCCCUGUUUUGUGUUGUGGAAACAAAGAGAUAUUCUUUAUGUAAAAAUUACCGAAUUGAAGUCACUCAGUCUUUAUGCUAUUGUUUAGGGCUGUCACUGUUAUUGCUAUUAAUCGCUUUAAUCUUUUAGUCCAUAAAAUGUCAAAAAUUGUGAAAACAUCUGAUUACAGUUCCCCAAAGCCCAAAGAAACGUCUUUAAAUUAUAUCUUUGUCCAACCACCAGUCCAAAACCCAAACACUCUUCAUUCACAAUCAUAAAUGACAAAUCAAAGCACGUCGAAGAAGCUAGAACCAGCUGAUGUCUGAGAUUUUUCCUUGAAAAAUAACUGAAACGAUUAAGUGAAUAGUUGCCAACUCAUUUUCUUUCAGUUAAUCAACUGCUAAUUGCAGCUGCACUGCCAUUUUUGAUUGAGCACACAAAUUUGAUCAUACAAAGUUAUGAAAAAAUCUUAAAAAUAAUCUUUUGUAUAAAAAGUGCCUGCUCAGUGAGAAAAAAAUUUCAGUGCUCACACCGCCUUAGAGACAGAUGGAGUGGAUGUGCCAGUGAAAAAUGUAUGUGGCACAUCAAUAUGCUAUCAGUUAAUGUCAUCCUAUAAGGCUGUCAACAAGGCAAAUAUGAGCUGAUAAUCCAGAUGGAAACGGGGCUAACGAGGCUGGACGGCUCGCUUUCAGGCUACGAAACCAAAACGCUGAUUUAACUUUUAUACCGUGUGUGAUAUGAAGUAUGCUAAUGUGCUAAUCAGUGUACUGAACACUCAGCAGGGCAUUUAUUCAACUCAUGAUUUCAUGUUACAUGUUUAAUAGUCUGAAAUGAUAACUGGAAUCUUAAAGUGGCUUGAAAUUGAUUAAACUUUGAUUAAGUUAAUGAUG